CUUCCGACAUGAACGUUGAGAAUUUCGGCGCUAGCGAGAGGCUGGUGAACGCGGCCUACGUGCGGCAGGGGGCGCAGGGCCGGUGCGCGCAUGAGCUGCGCCUGCGGGUGUUGCUGGAGCAGGGCAAGUGUCCUGAAGAUGGAUGGGAUGAAAGUACCAUCGAACUCUUUCUUCAUGAACUUGCCAUUAUGGAUAGCAACAAUUUUCUGGGCAACUGUGGUGUGGGUGAGAGGGAAGGAAGAGUGGCAUCAGGAAUGGUUGCCCGUCGGCAUUACAGGUUAAUCCAUGGAAUUGGGAGGUCAGGGGAUAUUUCUGCUGUCCAGCCUAAAGCUGCAGGUUCUAGCCUUUUGAACAAACUUACGAAUUCAGUAGUUCUGGACAUUAUAAAGCUGGCUGGUGUCCGGACAGUCACCAAUUGCUUUGUGGUUCCUAUGGCAACUGGCAUGAGUCUAACCCUGUGUUUCUUAACACUGCGGCACAAGAGACCAAAGGCAAAGUAUAUUAUUUGGCCACGCAUAGAUCAGAAAUCCUGCUUUAAAUCUAUGAUAACUGCAGGUUUUGAGCCAGUGGUGAUAGAGAAUGUAUUAGAAGGUGAUGAGCUGCGCACAGACGUAAAGGCGGUAGAGGCUAAAAUCCAGGAUCUUGGAGCUGAAAAUGUUCUCUGUGUUCAUUCUACUACAUCUUGCUUUGCUCCAAGGGUACCUGACAGACUGGAAGAACUGUCUGUGAUUUGUUCUAAUUAUGACAUUCCUCAUAUUGUCAACAAUGCAUAUGGAAUUCAGUCUUCAAAAUGUAUGCAUCUCAUCCAGCAGGGUGCUCGAGUAGGUAGAAUAGAUGCUUUCAUCCAGAGCUUGGACAAAAAUUUUAUGGUUCCAGUAGGUGGUGCUAUCAUUGCUGGCUUCAGUGAUUCCUUCAUCCAGGAUAUCAGCAAGAUGUACCCAGGAAGAGCGUCAGCAUCUCCUUCCUUAGAUGUCCUCAUUACCCUACUGUCCCUGGGUGAAAGUGGCUACAGACAGCUACUAAAAGAGAGAAAGGAAAUGUUUUCCUACCUUUCAGGUCAGCUGAGGAAGCUAGCAGAAGUCUACAAUGAGAGGCUGUUGAACACACCACACAAUCCUAUUUCCUUAGCUAUGUCUCUAGAGAAUCUAGAUAAACACAGUGACAUGGCUGUUACUCAGCUUGGAUCUAUGCUUUUCACAAGACAAGUUUCAGGAGCAAGGGUGGUUCCCCUUGGGUCUUUGCAAACAGUGAAUAACUACACUUUCAAAGGCUUUAUGUCACAUACAAAUAACUAUCCCUGUGCUUACCUCAAUGCUGCUUCAGCAAUUGGAAUGAAAAAGCAAGAUGUAGACCUGUUCUUAAAAAGACUGGAUAAGUGUAUGAAGACUUUUAGAAAAGAAAAGAGCAAUGGAAAAGAUGUUCCUGAAAUGGAUAACUGUACUAAACAUACAAGUGUGGGAGAGACUGAAGACUAGAACAAGAUGUGGAUUUUGGAACACACAAAGUUUGGGGGGUGUGUUUGUUUGUUUGUUUUUUGGAUUGUGUGAAGUUUGUAUCCUGUUUGUAUUGUGGAAUAUGCAAUACAGGGAGUGGAAAUUUAAAUUU